AUGUCGCGCAUACAAACACAGAAAAAGAGCCUCAAUACUCUGUUCCACACCCGCUUCGAGCCAUUUCCUAAACCAGUCAAUUGCACCACUUUCAUUGCUACCGAAGCCAUUGCCAACGAUGACCGUCAUCCUUUGAAUAUUCCCAUCUCUCGUCGUCUUGAGAACUGGAAUCCAAAACAACUACACUGGGUCAUCAGAACUCCGCUUGCCAUCUCAAAGAAACGCACUAUCCGAUCUUGGGUGACGAGAAGGUUUCGCGACACCUUUAUAGACGAAUUAGAAAAGUCUGGCUUCAACAGAUGGGGUGAACCUCUUGUCCCCUCCAGGCUAAAGUCACCACUUACUGGUGCCUUGGCUAUCACUCUUCUCCGACCUGCACUUACCGCUUCUAUCCAAGAUGUGCGCCACGUCUGCAGCACAGUCUUGCGGAAGCACGUACUUUCUCGUCGAAGACCAUGA